AGAAAGCUUUUCAUGCCAUCUGUUUUAUUUUCCAUGAUUAGAAUUCCAAACCAAAUAUGAAUCCUAAAGAACGAAUUUUUCAACAUUAAGCUGAAUAGUUUAAGAGCUAAAAAUGUUGAGUAUCAUAAUUGCUGGGCUUCUGGUAUCUGCAUAUGGUUUUCCUCGUCCCCCAAUGGAAAAUCCUGAUCUCUUCGAAGGAGACAUAGCUGGAAUAGAUGGCUCUGCUGAUCGAAAUGCUAUAGUAUCAGAAAUAAAAAAAUGGCCGGAAGGAAUUAUACCAUACAAGAUUGACAAAGGUCUAGAUCACUUAAAGACGGAAAUUCUCAAAGCGAUGAAUCACAUCAUGGAAAAAACAUGCAUUAAGUUUGUGCAGAAAGAAAGCGAGAAAUCUUAUAUCAGGAUAUUUUCAGGAGAUGGGUGCUAUUCUCAUUGGGGAAGAACAGGUAAGAUGCAGCCAGUGUCAUUGGGUGCUGGGUGUGAAGACAUUGGAACAAUCAUUCACGAAUUAACUCAUGCUAUUGGAUUCGAUCACGAACAAAACAGAUCGGACAGAGAUGAUUACCUGCUCAUAUUUUGGCAGAACAUUGAUCCAGCGGAAUAUCCUCAGUUCGAAAAGUUAAAGCCUGAACAAAACAGACUCUUCAACAAAUUCGAUUACGAUUCUAUAAUGCUUUAUGGCGAAAAAGCUUUCUCCAGAGAUGGUCGAUCCAAAACCAUGAAAGCCAAAAAGAAAGGCAUUAAAAUUCUUGACUCGCCAGAGAAAGGAAAACUGAGCGAAAGUGAUGCUUUUAGAAUCAACGCACUCUAUGAAUGCAACAAAUCAUGAAGAGUAUUGUGACAUUUUAAUCAGUUUUAGAGAAAAUUAAAGCUCAGUUCAUUAAUAAAAAACAAUCUUAACAUCAAAAGAUAUCAGACAUAAAAACUGCAAUAAAGCUUUAAUAUACGUAAUGA